ACCAAAUGGAAGCUGUUGGAGGAAUUGUGAUUUGCAACCAGAGUGGUGAUGUUUUCCGGUGCAUGCUUUGCUGAUUCAGUAGAGCAUUUCAUGAAGGUGUCAGCCUCUCAACAGCCCUCAUAGACUCAUAGAUGCAGCCAUGUUCAUGUGCUUGCUGCAUUACGCGGAGGAAGGAUGAUUUCGAUGAGCAACGUCAGCCCUGGGACAAGGAAUGAGUUCGUUAUCAUGCGCGGGAACCUCUUCUUCCUGAUCUUUGCUUUCGUGCUUGUCCCGCUGCCUCUCUGGAUCGACAUCUUCUGUCCGAUUUUCGCGGCCGUGUACUGGCUCUUCGUGCUUUGGCUGGGCGCCUUUCUGCUCUCGGUGUGCGCCUGGCAUGCCGUGAGCGCGCACUGCCUCAUGCACCAGGUGGCGGACUCGAUGUGGGAGGACCAGAUCCCGCGCGGAACCGAAGAGGAGAGGAGCCUGGCUGACAGACUGCAACAUCUCGUGAUGAUGUGCGGCUACAAGGAGCCCAUGGAGGUGAUCUGCCAAUCCGUGGAGUCCCUGGCGGCGCAGACAGUGGCCCAUCGUCUGGUGGUGGUGAUCGGCCUUGAGGAGGGCACGCCGGAUGUCCAAGAGAAGGCCCAGCGCUUGAAAGAGCGGUAUGACCUGGCCUUCCAGCGCUUCCACGUGAUGAAGCACCCCAAGCAGUGGGCCAAAGGUGUCCGCGGCAAGUGCUCCAACGCCAACUACACGAUGCGCGCGGCUGUGUCGCGUUUGGAGGACUACGGGGAGCUGCACUUGGACUGCACCACAUGCACCAGCUGUGACUCGGACUCCAUCUUCGCCCCUCGCUACUUCGAGAACCUGGGCUACCAGUUUCUCACAAGCCCCAAGGCCAAAGAGGUGGUGUGGCAGGCGCCUGUGUACUACAACCACUACUUGUACGAGCGGCCCUUCUAUGUGCGCGACAUCGGCAUUAUGCGCACCGCUUACAUGCUGGGCUUCCUGAUCCCUUUCAACAUUAACACCAUGUCUAUCUUUAGCUUCUCUCUGGACCUGUGCGUCAAAGGCGAGUUUUUCCACGCACACUACCAGAUGGAUGACAUCCACUACACCCAGACCUGCAUGCAGGCCCUGCAGAAGCGCGUGGAGAUUCGGAUGAUCCCCAUGCCGGUGAUUUCGGGGCCGACCUCCGGCAGCUCCCACUGCAAGGAGUACAAGGAGUGGUUCCACCAGACAAAGCGCUGGACCAUCGGAGCCUGCCAGGUCUUCCACUACUUGACGAAGCGGCGCUACGGCUGCGGCUUGGCGCUGUCCUACAGCGCUUGCUUCGUGAUGUAUUACGGCCUCAUCCUCUGCUCCCUGACCCUCACCGGACUUGCGGGCUUCAUCAACUAUGCUCUAGCAGAUGUCAAGCAUGACACGAUCCUCAACAUGGCGAAGGAGCACACCCAUCAGUACCCCCUCAGCGAGGAGUUGAACCGGGCCGUGCUGAUGGCGGGCAUCUUCAGUCUUGUGUGGACCUACCUGAUCUUCGCCAUCUUCCUGUACCUGGACCGGAAAGGCAUUCAGCUCUUGUACCACCUGAACAUGAAGCCCCAGGGUGCUGAGGACACCACCUUCUGCCAAGACUUCAAGGAUUGGAUCUUGAUGUGGCCCAGCUUGGUGAUGUACUCCUUCGUGAGCUAUUUGGCCAUCGUGAAGGUUGCCCUCUACGGUCAGAAGGUGUGUGGGCACGACCCCUCCAGCAAGGAGGGCCUGGGCUCGGGCCAGGCCAUGGGGGAGCUGCUGUCCACCUCAGAGGUGUCGGGAGAAGGGGAUUCCGACGAGGACGAAGCUGAGGGUUAUAGUCGAAUCUGAUGCAGGUAGCGUGUUUUUUUUUCUCAGAACAACCUGUGUCUCGAGAGUGGCGGUU